AUGGAAUUUUUAGAGUGGGUUAUGAUGUUCGCGCUUAAUUUACGCACAAUUUCUAUGUGUGAUAUAAAGUUCGCUCUUCUUUUGUGCAUAUCUGACCCAUACGCAUUUAAGAGCUGCAGAAGAAGCUUGGAGACUAUGGCUUGUCAUUUGACUCAUCCAAUUCGUGCCUACUCGAUGCCGUUGACCAGAAUGGGAAUGAAAUGGUUUGUUCCUUGUCCAUUUUUCCAAAAUUCUGCCUCGAGUCGCAGCUGCGGUCAUGGAACUGCAAGCUUAGACCGAAGCGCUCUCCCUGUCCUCAUAUACUGUGCGAAAACGAUCAAGUGCGCGACAUCAAUGAAACCAAUCCAAUGA